CCUCAACCCCUGCUAGGUUACAGAGUCCCUUCUUGGCCAAGGGGCUGGGUCUGGGCUUGGGGGCCGCCGUCGUGUGUGUUUGUUCAGCUUGAGCUGUAUUAUCCUCUCGACGCUUCUCUUCUGCUACUUGCACUUUGAGCACUUUGAAAGAAACCGUUUUUAUGAGUUUCGAGCCGUCAAUUCGGAACUGUCUGGACUGGAACGACUGCCGCAUUCCAUUCGGCAGACCUCACCCCCGGAACCGAGGGGUCUUGGAUGAAAGACCACGCCAUCUCCACAUUCCAGACAACGGAACAACGGGACAACGGGAGCAUCAUCGUCAUGCCUCCGUGGCCUGGGGGAGGCGGCUCGCACCGCCCGGCGGAACCCACACCCACACCCACGCCGGGCCGAGAUCAGCACUUGACGCCUCAUUAUGGACGUGAUAGGCCCACCGUCGGGCGUUACAGAAGCGCCUCCCGGGUCUCGGAAAUCGAUGCCUGGGAUAACAUGCAGAACCACCAACUGCAAAACGACUCUAGCUCAGACGAGGAUCUCAACCCGCGGCCCCGCCAUACCCGCUCCGUGAGCCAUCCGUUUCCCUCGCUGUUCUCCAGCAAGAAGAAGAGAUCCACUCCCGUGCCUCACCCCGACGACUCCGGAUCCGAUUCCAUGGGCGAGGGGCCCAGCUUGAAGGGGAACCCUCCUCCCGUGCGCGGGCAUCGGAAUGGUUCUUCUUCGGUGGGGAGCAGGGACUUUGCCACGGGUCGCUGCAUGACGUGCGGAUCGUUGGUGCGUUGGCCCAGGGAGCUGCAGAUGUUUCGGUGCACCAUCUGCCUGACUAUCAACGAUGUAUCACCCGUGGACCGUGAUGCUAGGAGGGAGGAUGCCCAAGAGAUGGCCGUGAUGUUUGAGGAGCAGCCAGCACCGAGAAACAAAACAAUUUCUCGCAGAUACACCAAGGUUUUAAUCGACCAGUGCCUCCGUGAUUUUCUAACCUCGACCUUGAAGAAACAGACUGGCAGCACCACCUCUAAUAAAGAGUCUCCGGUCACAGCAUCGUUUCUCUCACCAAACGAUACUAGGGUGCCCGCGCCGUCAACCGCGGCUCCUCCGUCCCUGCGACCCAAGACUUCGCUGAAUUUUGAGCCACGGUUAACCCUCGGUCCACCCAAAAGUCCGGCUCUGCACCGCCGUGCCCCUAGCUGGGCCGGUUCUGCAUCGAGAAUGUAUUCUACGUCUCCAGAGAAACGGUCUCCACUUCAUAACCAAAUGCCACAAAGGCCUGGGGGGCGCCCGCGUCAUCCGCCGCCGAGUCCGGGAGAGGACGUGAAGAGGGUAUUCAAGCCGCUCGAAGACUAUAUCCUCCAAUGCUUCACUACGUUUCAGUGUCUAAACACAUCCUUCUUGGUACCCCGACCCCAACCUCAUGGCAGCCACGGGACCGAAACUAGGUCCCGUCGCCCGUCCGAACACACUGGCGUUCGUCGGGAAAGCCGGAGCACCAGUUACCCCGUCCCCGACCUAGACCCCAAGCUUUUGCUUCUGGGUAAUUUUGCCGAGAACGGCACGUGGUGGACGGGGCACGAGGAUGCCCUCCCAUCGAGAACACCUUCCGGCAGGAUUCAAAAUGGCCACUCCAUCGUGAGCUCGAGGAAUCCGUAUAUAGACUGGGCGGCGUUGGAGGAGUGGUACAAGAACGCCAUCGAACCGGCGCGGGGUUGGUCGGCCGUCUAUGAGAGCCUGGUGGCCGAAGACCCCGCCCUUGCCGUAUCCCCUGCCGCGCUGCAGGACAUCGAGGCUCAGGUUCUUGCCGGGCAGGAAAAUGUCCAAAGGGCGCUUCUGAAAGCCUCCGAGACCAUCCUCAGACGCCCCGGGCGGCCCCUCACCGUACCUCGAGACCUCCGGUUUCUGCUCAUCAUCACCGCCAACCCCCUUUUACACGCCUCAUACAAGCCGUAUGCUGGGAUAUAUCAGUCCACAAACACCGUACCCACACCGAGCGGCGCCUCUUUUCGUGGUUCUGGGCCUGCGUCGGGCCGACAUUCAGUCAUCAUCAAACGGAUUGUGGGACUCAUGUCCAACACACCCGUCGAGUGCCACAACCAUCUCGUGGCCUGGUUCGCCCGAUAUUCCGAGCAGUCGUUUGUGCAAACAAAAGACCUGGUCUCCGGCUUCCUCGCCUACCGUUUGAUCCGGCAGAACGAGAAAAAAUACGAGAGCCAGGUCGACUACAUGGGCGGCCUGAUCCCCAACAUGGGGCCCAGCCAUUCUCCCGCCGCCCUACACGCCGCGCUGGGGCACUCGCAGCGAGCCAAGAAGCAACAGGAGAAGAAUAAACAGGUGGUCUACCAGGAGGACUGGCAGAUCAAAGCGGCCGCGCAAGUCCUCGGCUUCUUAUUCGCCGCCAACAACAUGGGCCACGCCCACCGCGGGCUGGCCAACCGCCCCGACAGCCCCGGCAACAGGCAGCGCGAGCUUGUGCAGGCGCCGGGCCAGAUCCUCGCCACGAGCGAUUUCUACAUGACGCUGCUCGACGACGCGGACCUGGUGGGCGAGUUCGAGGCGUGGGAGCGGAGACAGGGCAAAUUCUCCUUCUGCCAGCACCCCUUCCUCCUGAGCAUCGGGGCCAAGAUCCAGAUCCUGGAGCACGACGCCAGGCGGCAGAUGUCGAAUAAGGCGCGGGAUGCCUUCUUUGACAGUAUCCUGACCAACCGGGUGGUGCAGCAGUUUCUGGUCUUGAACAUCCGCCGGGAGUGUCUGGUGGAUGACAGCUUGAAGGCCGUCAGCGAGGUGAUUGGGAGCGGAGGGGAGGAUGUCAAGAAGAAGCUCAAGAUCAUCUUCAAGGGCGAAGAGGGCGUCGAUGCCGGGGGGUUACGGAAGGAGUGGUUUCUGCUGCUCGUGCGGGAGUUGUUCAACCCCGACCACGGCAUGUUCCUCUACGACGAAGACUCGCACUACUGCUACUUCAACCCCAACUCGCUCGAACCCUCGGAGCAAUUCUUCCUCGUCGGCGUCGUCCUCGGCCUCGCCAUCUACAACACCACCAUCCUCGACGUCGCCCUCCCCCCCUUCGCCUUCCGCAAACUCCUCGCCGCCGCCCCGCUUCCCCCCUCCCCAUCCCCCACCACCACCACCCACCAACACCAACACCAACAACACCAACCCCAACCCCAGUCCCAUCCCCAACAACAACAACCUCCCCACCAACCCCGCCAACCCCUCCCCCCAACCCUCGACGACCUCGCCGAAUACCGCCCCUCCCUCGCGCGCGGCCUGCGCCAGCUGCUCGACUACCCAGGCGACGACGUCGAAACAGUCUUCGGACUCGUAUUCGCCAUCGACGGCACGCGCUACGGCGCCGUCGACACCACCCCGCUGUGCCCCGGGGGCGAGCGCCGCGCCGUGACCAGCGCUAACCGGCGCGAGUAUGUGGAUGCUUAUGUGCGGCAUGUGCUGGAGGGGGCGGUGAAGAGGCAGUUUGAGCCGUUUAAGAGGGGGUUUUGGACGGUUUGUGGUGGUGGGAACUCUGCUGGGGGAGGGGGUGUGGGUGGGAGUGGGACUGGGAGUGGUGGUGGUGGGGGGGCGUUGUCGCUUUUCAGGGCGGAGGAGAUUGAAUUGCUGGUGCGUGGUUCCGCGGGGGUGUCGGAUGACGCGCCGCUGGAUGUGGAUGCGCUGCGCGCGGUUGCGCAGUAUGAUGGCUGGCGACAACAACGGGGGUCCGGCGGACGGACAACGACCAACGGAAACGGCGGGGAGGAGGACGCGGAGGAGCGGGCGCAGGAAGAGCAACAACAAGCGGCGGAGCAGGAAGACACGGUCCGCUGGUUCUGGGAGGCCUUCGCGGGCGCGGAGCCCCGCGACCAGCGGCGGCUGCUGGCGUUUGUCACGGGCAGCGACCGGCUCCCCGCGCUCGGGGCGGCGUCGCUCGCCAUCCGUGUGGCUUGCCUCGGCGACGAGUGUGGUCGCUUCCCUACCGCCCGCACCUGCUUCAACUCGGUCGGUUUGUGGCGCGCGACGGACCGGGAUCGGUUUGUGGAUGUGCUGUGGAGGGCGGUGUGGGAGAGUGAGGGGUUUGGGUUGAAGUAGGUGAAAGGGGGAGGGAGAGGCUUGGGUGACGGGGUAAUGUAAGGGGGGAAGAUAGGUAAGGGGAAGGUAAAUGUCGGUGUAUAUGUGGCAUGUAAAGAACUACUUGAGCCAUAUGGUGUGCUUGCUCUUCUCGACAGGUUGGAGGAAAGGGUGUCAUGGCGUAGAUAGAUGUUGUGAGAUUAGGUAGAAUUGGUAUGUUUAGAGGUCAAUAUCAUUGGAAUGCCAACCCAUCUAUUGCAUUAUAAGUAACCUC